AUGAUUAAAGAGUUAACGAAGAACGAAUUAUUCGGAAUAUUUACAUCUAUUGCCCUUCUCAUAUCCGUUGCAUGUCUCCUCCACACUAAGCGACGCCGUACGAGCCUACCUCCGGGACCGAACCCCUGGCCUGUGAUCGGGAACAUGUUUCAGCUCGCUGGUUCGCCACCACACGACUCACUGACUAAACUUUCGCGCCGCCACGGACCAAUCAUGACUUUGUGGCUCGGCUCGAUGCUCACGGUUGUGAUCUCCUCGAGCGAAGUUGCUCGGGAUAUUUUCAAGAAGCACGAUGCAGCUUUGGCCGGUCGGAAGAUUUAUGAGGCCAUGAAAGGAGGGAAGAGCAGUGACGGCUCGUUGAUCACGGCUCAGUACGGUACGUACUGGCGGAUGCUGCGGCGCCUCUGCACCACUCAGUUCUUUGUCACGCGACGUCUUGAUGCUAUGAGUGACGUACGCUCCAGGUGUGUUGAUCAGAUGCUUAGGUUCGUCGAGGAAGGCGGCCAAAACGGUACCAAAACAAUCGACGUGGGGAGAUAUUUCUUCUUGAUGGCAUUUAAUCUCAUAGGAAACCUUAUAUUCUCAAGAGAUUUGCUUGAUCCGGAUUCAACAAGAGGCUCCGACUUCUUUUACCACACCGGAAAAGUGAUGGAGUUCGCUGGAAAACCCAACGUUGCCGAUUUCUUUCCUUUCCUGAGGUUUCUUGACCCACAAGGCAUCAGGAGACAAACGCAAUUCCACGUGGAACGCGCGUUUGAGAUCGCCGGAGAGUUUAUUAGUGAACGAACGGAGGUUAUGGAGAGAGAAAGCAGCGACGAGAAAACAAAGGAUUACUUGGAUGUUCUUUUGGAGUUUCGUGGUGGCGAUGGAGUUGACGAAGAACCUUCAAGAUUCUCAUCCAGAGACAUCAACGUUAUUGUUUUCGAAAUGUUUACGGCGGGAACGGACACGACAACGAGCACGUUGGAGUGGGCACUAGCAGAGCUUCUACGUAACCCAAGAACCCUAACAAAACUCCAAACCGAACUCCGAACCUACCACAAGUCUCCAAACCAAAAGCUCCAAGAAGAAGACCUCCCGAACCUCCCUUAUCUCUCAGCGGUUAUCAUGGAAACCCUGAGGCUUCACCCACCUCUUCCUUUCCUAGUCCCACACAAAGCCAUGUCAACGUGUCACGUUCUCAACCAAUACACUAUCCCCAAAGAAACACAAGUCUUGGUCAACGUUUGGGCCAUUGGGCGUGACCCUAAAACAUGGGCCGACCCGAUUAUCUUCACACCCGAGAGAUUUAUAUCCGACCCGAAACCGAGAGACUUCAAGGGACAGGAUUUCGAGUUCUUGCCGUUUGGAUCGGGUCGACGGAUGUGUCCGGCUUUGCCUUUGGCAUCACGGGUCUUGCCGUUAGCGAUUGGUUCGAUGGUGAGGUCGUUUGAUUGGGCUUUGGCCCAUGGGCUUAAUGCAGAUGAAAUGGAUAUGGGAGAAAGGAUUGGUAUUACUUUGAAGAAAGCUGUUCCUUUGGAAGCGAUUCCCAUUCCUUAUCGAGGGAAUUAG